AUGCGCGGGGCCGUGCUGGGCCGGCUGGCCGCCGUGCUGCUGCUGCUGCUGCUGUCCGGGGGCGGCGGGGCGGAGAGCCAGUCGCUGGCGGGGGCGGCGGCGCGGCUGCUGCGCGAGGCCCGCGAGUUCGCGGAGGCGCAGCCGGCGGACGCGGAGCCGGGCGCCGAGUACGACUUCGUGGUGGUGGGGGCGGGCUCUGCGGGGGCGGCGCUGGCGGCGCGGCUGUCGGAGCGGCCGGGCAGCAGCGUGCUGGUGCUGGAGGCGGGCGGCGACGAGGCGCUGGUGCCGGGCGGCGUCCCCCUGCUGGCGCCGCUGCUGCAGCUCGGCCCGCAGGUGUGGCGAUACCGCAGCCACCCCGACGCCGCCGCCUGCCUCGGCUACGUGGGCCAGCGGUGCAACCUGCCCAGGGGCAAGGUGCUGGGCGGCUCCAGCAGCGUCAACUACAUGAUCCACACGCGCGGCAACCGGCGCGACUACGACGGCUGGGCCGCGCUGGGGAACCCCGGCUGGAGCUACGACGACCUCCUGCCCUACUUCCGCAAGCUGGAGAACGUCUCCGCCGUUCCAGACCUGGCGGCGGACGUCGAGUUCCGAGGCACGUCGGGCCCCGUCUCCGUGGAGCGGCCGUCCUUCCGCACGCCGCUGGCCACGGCGUGGGUGUCGGCCGCUCAGGAGCAGCUGCGGCUGCCGCUGGCCGACUACAACGCCGAGGACCAGGCCGCCGUCAGCUUCCUGCAGGGCACCACCCGCGACGGCACGAGGUGCAGCACGUCCAGAGCCUACCUGCUGCCGGCCAGGCACCGCCCCAACCUGCACGUGAGCAAGCGCUCUCUCGUCACCAAGGUCGUCAUCGACGGGACGACCCUGAGAGCAACCGGGGUGGAGUUCGAGCGCCAGGGCCGGCGGCGCAGUGUGCGCGCCCGCCGCGAGGUGGUGGUGUCUGCGGGCGCCGUCAACACGCCGCAGCUGCUGAUGGUGAGCGGCGUGGGGCCGCGGCAGCACCUCGAGGCGCACGGCGUGCCCGUGCUGCGAGACCUGCCCGUCGGACUCAACCUGCAGGACCACGUGACGCUGGGCGGGCUGACGUUCCUGGUGAACGCGACGGGCGACCUGCAGGACCGGCAGCUGCUGGCCGACGCCUCGGCCUACCUGUCCUUCCUGCGCCGCCACGGCGGGCCCUUCUCCACGCUGGGCGGCACCGAGGCGGCCGCCUUCUACGACGCCGACGGCGACGGCUACCCGGACGUCGAGCUGCUGUUCGCCUCCGUCACCCAAAUGAACGCGGCGCUCAUCAGGAUCGCCUCGGGGCUGAGGGACGACGUGUACGACGCGGUGUUCCGGCCGUACGAGGGCCACCACGCCUUCACCGUCGUGCCGUUCCCCCUGCGGCCUCACAGCCGCGGCAGGGUGCGCCUCGCCUCGUCCGAUCCACACCAGCAGCCGGUGCUGGAGAUGGGCUACUUCAGCGACCCGCGCGACCUGGAGCUGGUGGUGGCGGGCAUCCGGGCGGCGGAGCGCGUGGCCGGGGGCGGCGCGCUGCGGCGGCUGGGGGCGCGCACCCUGCCGCUGGCGGUGCCCGCGUGCGCGCGCCUUCCCGCCGGCUCGGACGCGCACUGGCGCUGCGCCGCGCGCCACCUCUCCUUCACCAUCUACCACCAGUGCUGCACGGCGGCCAUGGGGCCGCGAGGCGUCCUGGACGAGCGGCUGCGCGUGCGCGGCGUCGCGGCGCUGCGCGUCGUCGACGCCUCCGCCAUGCCGCUCCUCCCCUCCGGCCACACCAACGUGCCGGUCAUCGCCCUGGCCGAGCGCGCCGCCGACCUCAUCGCGGAGGACCACCGGUGGGCCUAGCCGGCAGCCGGCAGCAGAUCUGGGGCCGCUUCACCGUCCACUGUGCGACUCCUUCAGACAUUUCCUUCGUCUCCUUCACUGUUUCAACCGACACCGACGACGUAUCGUCUGGGACAAUCGCACACAUACCAAUAACGCCAGCUGCCACACACCGUCACACGAAGAUGACACGACGAUCUCUAUUACUUAGUGUAUUACAAAAUACAGUAUACUGGCAGACUAGAACUCUGUCCCGCACGGAGACUCGUACUCGGGACCUUCGCCUCUCGCGGCAAGUGCUCUACCGAUUGAGCUACCGCAGCACGACUUACGAUUAGCGCUCACUCCGCUGCAGAGUGGACAUUUCAAUCUGGAAACAUCGCCUCGGCUGUGGCUAGGCCGUGUAUCCGCAGAGGCAUUUCUUCCGGGACUGCUAGUCGUGCAAAUUUCGCAGGAGAGCUUCUCUACAAUGUCGAAGGUAGGAGACGAGGUACUAGCGUAUGUAAAGCUGUGAGGAUAGAUCGUGAGUCGUGCUCGGGUGGCUCCGUAGGCAGAGCACUUGCUCGCGAAAGGCGAACGUCCCGAGUUCGAGUCUCGGUCCAGCAUACAGUUUUAAUCUAACAGUAAGUUUCAUAUGUGUACACAAUGUGUUUCAGAGAGAAAAUUUCAUUCUGGAAACGUUCCUCAGGCUGUGGCUAAGCCACGUCUUCGCAAUAUCCUUUCUUCCAGAAGUGCUAAUCUUCCAAGUUUCGCAGGAGAGCUUCCGUGAAGUUUGAAUUUUGGAAAGUAGGAGAUGGGGUACUGGCAGAAGUAAAGCUGUGAAGAGGGAACAUGCGUCGUGCUCGGGUGGCUCCGUAGGUAGAGCGCUUUUCCCAGGAAAGGGAAAGGUUCCGAGUUCGAGUCUCGGUCCGGCAGACGGUUUUAAUCUGUCAGGAAGUUUCAUAUCAGCACACAUUCCGCUGCAGACUCUAGGUUUCAUUCUAGAUACACUUUAUGAGGUGUGUGAGAAAAGUAAUGACACCGAUAACUGAUCUGAAGACAUCGUGUAACUGUUGUUCGAGCAAUACUGAGCAUAUUCAGCACAGUUGUCAAUCGUGUGACUAUUGCCAAACAUGUUUCGGGAUAACAUUAUCCCAUUUUCAAAAGUUUAAAAAAAUUAUAUGCCAUUAAGCCUCGUCACAACAGUUGCAAACUGUACCUCCCGAACGAUGGAUGCACCGGCCUGUGAUAUUUUAUGUUUUAUGGUUUGAGAUGACAGAGCACGUGUACAGCUUCUUUCUAAGCUGUGACGACGCCUAAUGAUAUUAAAAAAAUUUAAGGACUUGAAAAUCGGAUAAUACUGUUCCGAAACAUGUUUGGCAAUAGACACACUAUUGACAACUGGGCUGAACACUCUGAAUAUUGCAGUACUGACACUCACUUUUUGACUUCCCGACUUUUUUCUUUCAAACAACGAUCUUGUCCACUUCAAAGUAGUGCAGCUAUGCACCGGCGGGGUCGACGCACCCAGUCUUGGCGAGAUGAGCUCCCAUACUCCUUGAUAGAGCGUAGGGGACGAUGCGGGAGACCCACUCCGCCAUACUAGGCAAGGUCCUAGCGGAGGUGGUUUGCCAUUGCCUUCCUCCGACCGCAGUGGGGUUGAAUGACGAUGCUGAAGACGACGCAACAACACCCAGUCAUCUCGUGGCAGGAAAAGUCCCUGACCCCGCCGGCAAUCGAACCCGGGACCCCAUGCGCGGAAAGCGACAACGCUACCGCAAGACCACGAGCUGCGGACCCAGUCUUGUUAGCAAAGGCUUCAACUGUUAGAACCUUCAACAUGAGAGAUUUUUCAAUUUCGGGGCUAGAAAAGAGUAACGGACACAGAUAAAGUGAAUAGAAGGGCUGCCAAACAACAGUAAUGUCUUUUGAGGUCAAAAAUUCCGUCAUAGGAGUGGUCGUGUGAUAUGGAGCGUUCUCAUGAUGCAGCGUCCACUUGUCUGCAGUGUCCAGUCUCACUUCAUUUUCUCGAGCCUUUCAGGGACAUCUUUGUAAAACACUUCGUUGAGAGUUUGCCCUGGAGCAACAAGUUCUUCAUGCACGACACCCCUUCCCUCAAAAAUCAGCAUCAACCAAACUUUUUUCGGUCGAGGAGAUGUCUCAGUGUGGCUGUCCCCACUCUGGCGCUUUGUCUCGGGAUCGGUGUAGCCGCGCGGUCUUAGGCGCCUUGUCACGGUCAGUGCGGCUCCCGCCGUGGGAGGUUCGAAUCCUCCCUCGGGCAUGGGGAUGUGUGUAGGCUUAGGGACCGACGACCUCGGGAGUUCGGUCUCUUAAGUCCUUACCACAAAUAUCCAAAAAUCAGGGAUUCAUUUCCUGUCAUCACAUUCGUGAUCAUUGGCAACCCUCUCAAGACUGUACUCGUGCUCAGUUGUGAGGUUUGUCGGCACCAUUUUGACACAAUCCUUUUCCAUGUGCAAAUCAUCGGUCAGUUUUGACGUACGGUGAAAGCGUAACUUUAACAGGUCACCCAUCAUCCUUAUUGUUAAACAUCGGUGUGAUCUCAAAACAGGAAGCACACGCUCAACGUUUUCGUUGGUUUUUGAAGCUGAAGGUCUCGCUGAGCGAGGAUCAUCUUCAGUGUGUUCUCGGCCUUCCAAACAGGAUUUGUGCCAGCGAAAAAGUUGUGGUUUUGCGAAAAAUGUCCUCCCACAGACCUGUUUCAACUUUUCAAAGGUCACUCUCGUGGGUUUCCCAAGUAUACAUCAUGGCACGGUCUAAAUUCCGCUUCUCCAUUUUAAUAACACACAACAAAAACGUGACUUCAUUGAUGGCGCUCUCAAAAAUAACGUGAUGGCCGUAAGGAGCUGAAACUCGGACUGCGGGAUGAACAGAGCGGUCUGCGCAAGCAGAACAACACAGAGCUGCCAGAGCGGUCUCAGUGCUGUCUGCCUCAUUACCUUUCUCACACACCUCAUAUGGUGAUAAGUAUCGGGACACCUAUUAGUGGACAUUAAUACCGGGUCUCUCCACACCUCACCUUUAUGACAGCUUGAACUCUGUCGGGUGUCUGGCUGCCUGUGCAGCAACGGCAACCCACUCUUCCUCAAGCGCCGGAACUGGAGAAGGUAGUGAUGUUGGACGCUAAGGUCUGCAACGAAGUGGACAUUCUGACUGAUCGCAAAGCUGUUCCAUUGGGUUCAAUUUGGGACUCUGGGUAGGCCAGUCUGUUCUAGGAAUGUUACUGUUCACAAGCGAGUGCCUGAAAGACGCUGCUUUGCGACAGAACGCACUGUCAUACCGAUACAACCGUCGUGUCCGAGCUGUUCCUCCACUGUACGCAGUACCUAAUGCUGGUGUAAAAUGUAUUAAUGUAGUCCUGCAUUUACCACGUCAUUAAGCGCAGUAACGGGACCACACCCUAACCACGAAAAACACGCCCCAAACCUCAACACCACCUCCUCCGUACUUCACGGUUGGCGCUACACAUUAUGACAGAUGACGUUCUCCAGGCGUUCGCCAGGCCCAUAUCAUACCAUCAGAUUGUCACAGGGUACAGCGUGAUUCACAACUCCAGCCAUUCGCUGUCCAGUGUCGCCGCUCUUUGCAUCAUCCCAAGUGCCGCCUAGAAAUGCUCCCCACGCACAGUCAGUGUCUUAGCUGAAGUACUGGCAGCACUUUCAAUCUCACAAAUGGCACCUUCCGCUGAUUUCAAGUGACUUUUUUUACAACCGCCCUCCGCAUGAUCGACGGCCUGUGUGCGCCAGUACAUGAGGCCUACCUGGCCUUGGUUUCGCUUUGGUCGUCCCUUUGCGCUUCCACUUCACAGCCACAUCAACAGCAGAUUUGUGCAGCUUUAGAAGGGUUGAAAUCUCACUAAUGGAUUUGUUACUCAGCAGCCAUCGAAUGACUAGUCCACGUUCGAAGUCAGCGGGCUACUCUUACCGAACCAGUCUGCUGCUAUUGCUUCCGUUUUAUAUUGACGUGUUCGGCUCUCGCGACAUCUAGUGGUCAACUCCGCGUUACAUGGGAGUGUCCGGAUGCUCUUGAUAAAACUGUGUUGCAACAUUUGUGAUCUGGUACUGUACGCCGACAGACAUGCUGCGGGUCACAUUUUGGAUGUUUUGGCAAGUUACUGAUAGCAACGGUUUUGUGGUAGUUAAGACUGUCUUAUGUUUAGGAAUCAACUACAGUGGAAGUAUGAACAGAAGAGGAUUGUUGCUCAAUCGAAACCGUUUAUCUAGUUGCUAUUCGGCUCUACUGCGACGAGGACUUUACAUUUUUUUAACUGAUACCGCUACAUUUAUGUGGAGCAUAUCUUUUCCAAGAAAGAAAUGGUCUUUUACUGCCUAACAUUUCAUUUUAAAACUCUGAGAACAAUAAAUUGCACGAACGCAGCAUCAGUCACAUCAUAUGUCAACAUAACUGCAGUGAAACUGCACAUUUCGUGCUCUAGCUCAUGUUCACGUUAUGCGGGUACAUCUCAUGUUAAGACAAAUCCGAACGAUAACACCCGAAAGUACCACUCGUUUUCCAUUGGACUCUCAUUCGGAAGGAAGGCAAUUCAAAAGCGCGUCCGGCCAUUCUGAUUUAGGUUUUCCGUCAUUUCCCUUAAUCGCUUCAGCCAUCGCCAAGAUGGUUUCUUUGAAAGGGCACGACCGACUUCUUUCCCAACCAUCGCUAAUCCGAGCUUGCGCUCCGUCUGUAAUGACCUCAUUGUCAACGGCACGUUAAAUACUGUCCUCCUCCUCGUUUGCCACGUGACACACUGCACUUUCUCCGAGACUCGCGUUAGCAAAAUUAACAGCAAAAUAUAUUAUUUAAAAUAAGUUCAAUUAUACGUUUUUAUAGCGAAAUUAUGAGACAUAUUUACUUGAUAAUAAUAAUCCUUCCUUAUCCUCUUCAUCCGUAACACAUUUAAGUCACCACACUCAAUAUUUUUACAUACUUGUCAGUUUAAAUAAUGUAUUUUGAAGCACUUGCGAAACACACAUG